AAUAACACAACAAACACUCACAAGAAUUGGAGAUCACCGUAAAUAUGAUUAAUUCGCCUUUCUACUUCAGCAGGUAAGUAUGGGCUGCAGUGGCCCAGAAACAUUAGAGCCUGAAAUACUCUUCUAGAUGUGGCUUCACCAAUGUUUGACUGGAUUAGUAAUCUGGAGCAUGGGAGCCACGUUCAAAUUCAGCAUAUCUCCAUCUAAACGUAAGCCCUAGAAAGCGAUUCUGCCUCGUUGACAUGGUGGAUCAAAUGAAUGUGGACUGCACGAUGCCAACAGAAUGAUGCUGAGCUCAUGCAUGUCUCCAGGACGGGCUACGGUCGCAGUAUCGCAUUCCAAUACAGGCGGCUACUCGAGUAGCUACAGCACACCUGUCGACAAGCGAGUCCAUGAUCCUGAUACCCGACUCCUUCUUCAUUCACUUCAUCCCGAUGGACGACGAGUACUCCAGCCCUUACCGCAUACCCUCACCGCAUCCAGCUAGUGAUAAUAUGAGGAGCCGUAUAACAGACCUGCCAUCUCCACCAACAGAGAUCUCUGAGCCAUAUAUCUGCACACCAAACCACAAGAGGCUAAGUUAAUGGCAGAAUAUAAAGCGGUGACUACACUUAUGAAGAUCACGUGAACGAAGGGACCAUAUCUCCGAACACCGACGCGAACUUCUCAGGAGCAUGCCAACAGCUUCUAUGUCGCUAAACUUGACCUCAUUAUGUUCAUGCCCUCCCUCAGACAUGAGUUCCAUGGCAAGUCGCUUGUUGCACUAUGGAUAACGCAACGCCAUGUUUGACCCGGCGGCCUCUAGGGCCUCCCACUGCAGCUCCUUGUCGAUGAAGGAGUAAUCGACAACGUCUUCGGCAGCCGUGACCAUUGCAUUUUGGCAAUUGCCGUCCAUUGCGGAGGCUACCUCGCUCGCUCGUAUAUACAGAAUGGAUACGAUAUGGGGAUAGGAGACGAUGGACUAAUGAUACUAGAAUGAAUAACUUGCCCGUCCGAUUGAGGUCUAUGUUCCCGGGCCCGAAGUGGCAGAAUGUAGAGCAAUCCAUUCCUCAGUCCUUGAAAUUAUUCAGCUCCUUGCAGCUAUUGGCAACUUGGAUAACAUGACGUUUCUACAUUGCCUCAUCCAUGUUCAAGAGUCUGACCAGUCAAGCUGCUCAAAAUGAGCUUCUUAAACGAAGCUCUCCACGAGCCCCGCGCUAGGCCAAAUAUGGACUCCCAACAUUUGACUCCCUUCAACUCGCACUGAACCUCAUAUUUGCUAACACUAGCUACUUUUAAUUUUAACUAUGCUAUAUGCAGUAGUGAUCGCUGCUCCUACACUGUAGUAGAUGCUAUCCGGAAUAGGAAAUUAUGGAGCCUGGAUCAGACAACAGCUUCCUUCCUAUUAAGGCCAAGACUAGUGGGGCUGCUACGAAUUGCUACGGUGUUGCAGGAAAUCUGACAUCCCUCGAUGUUCCCGCUUCCUGCUGGCGGAAGCCACUAUGGCACUCGACGCUGCGAGCAGGUCAUUGUCACCACUUCCUGCUGUCCUUUCUCAUGGAUUGAUACCAGUGUCGACGUUCGGUUUAUUGUCUUUCAUCAGCUCGACUUCAUUAUUCCUAUGGUUAACGUUCCGUUUGAUAUCAUGGCGGCGCAAAUCUGCGGUGAAGGGGCCUAUAAAUCAGUUCCUGUUCCUUAUCUACAACCUCCUCUUCGCUGAUAUCCAACAAGCGAUCGCCUUCGUCCUCAACAUUCAUGCUUUAAGGCACAAUGCGAUUGAAGUAGGAUCAUCGAUGUGUUUCGCGCAAGGAUGGUUUGUUUCCACUGGAGAUCUCGCAAGUAGCGUAUUCAUAUGCGCAAUUGCCGUCCACACAUUCUUCGGCGUCGUAAAGGACUAUAGAUUGCCCACCGUGGCUUUCUAUUGCUGCAUCGCCGGCCUCUGGACAUUCGUAUACGUGAUGGCACUCAUCGGACCCCUCGUCCAUCGGUAUGACUUCUACGUCCGAGCCAGCGCAUGGUGCUGGAUUAAUGAUGCCUACCAAAACGAGCGUCUUUGGCUUCACUAUUUCUGGAUCUUCGUCUGCAUGUUUAGCAGCGUCCUGAUCUACGCCACCAUCUUCAUCUACCUGCGCGCUCGCUCUCGGGGGGAGGAUAUGUCCAGCCAGAUGAUCCACCAUGCGACACCUCUUAUGAUCCUCUACCCCGUCAUCUAUAUCAUCUGUACUGCGCCACUCGCUAUCGGUCGGAUAGCAGCGUUGGCUGGGAACGAGGUCUCAUUGGCGUAUUUCUGCGUGGCGGGGUCGAUGAUCGCCUGCAACGGCUGGCUUGACGUCUUGCUAUAUGCGACUACGAGGGCGGACAUUGUGUUUACGGCAUACCCGCCGUCAGAUGAUAUUGGGUUGGAGACCUUUGCAUUCAUGGGAAAGGGGCACACAUUUGGGACGGUUACCACGGUCGAGGCGGGGCCCGGGGGCGCCAGUAGGCUAGGCGGCGGUCGGAGGAGUCAGGGCGGAGACAGCGUGGAGAACCUGUAUGGGCUGGAUAAGAUCAAGGUUAAGGGAGAGGUCACAAUCAGUGUGGAUGAUGGGAGGGGGAUGAGGCAAAGGACUGCGGAACAUAGUACGGCAGAGACGGAGAACAGCUGGGAUCUGCCGAGCAGGAAAAGCUCGCAGACCUGAAGAUAGAUAUUGCCUGUAGAUUUACGGAGCAUCAAAGCGCCUUCCCUCGGGAUUAAUGUUUUAGCGCCGACAAUCUGGAUGGCAUAAUAUGGGCGGAUAUUUGGCCGUGGCUGAUGGUAAGCAUGUUAAAAUGAAGC